AUGGCAAAAAGAAGGCUACAAUGGUUUUUACUAGCUAAAGAGAAAGGUGAAGCUAUUUGGAGAUCCGUCAAAGAAGGUCCUCAUGUUCCAGUUAGAACAACAGUUAGAGAUGAUGUUGCUCAGCUCAUGGGUCAAGAUGAAAACCACCCAACACCUCUUACUGCAGAUGAUAUUGAGAAACUGCAUGCUGAUCAAGUCGCCUUUUCCAAAAUGGUAUGUCGUGUUCCACCAUCUCUCUUUGAGCAGAUUAAGUUGUGCAAAUCUGCCAAAGAGAUUUGGGACACUCUUCAAGAUCUGAUCGAUGGUUCCAAAAACAUAAAAGGCAAGCGUAUGACAUAUGUUGUCAACGAGUUUGACACCUUCACAACAACUUUUGGUGAAUUGGUUGCAUCAGCCUCCAACAAAUACCGAAUCGUAGUCAAUAACAUGACUGCUCAUGGGUUUUUCUGA